UUAGAAAACAUAAAAUUUCGGGAUGGUUUUACGUACCAUCAUUUAGUUUUUUCGCCAACUUUUCAUUUCAAAGUUUACCAGCGUAACCAAAAUCCACCCAUUCUUAAUUACCUUUUUAAAAUAGUCCAAAGUCAUUUGACUUUUUGAAUACCAUUUUUCUCGACACUUUUCUUUUCACAAUCGUACUUUACUCCAUCGCUUUCAUGGUUCGAUUUCAGAAUAGCAAAGUCCAGUAAUCCCUAUUUAGGCUUUGUGUUUUUUUUUUCUUCAAAAGGUGUUGUAAUCAUUUCAAUCGUUGGUUUUUUUUUCUUCCAUUUCUUUGUCUUAUAAAUGAUCUUUCUGUUUGUAUGAGAUGCAUCCGACUUCUUAACAAAGUAUUAAAUUUUGGUACUUAACAAAUGGACUCUUUUAAUAUGUUUUGAAAUGCCGACCAUUCAAAUCCUUUGCAAAGUUGUGUUUCUUUUUUUAACACAUCCUUUAUCUAAAUUUUAUUUAUAUCGUAAUAAAUUCUGUUGCCCUAUUCAUUCAUGAGUCGUGCUGUAAAAGAUAAUAAAAAUUCCGCUUAUCAAAAUCUUUCCCAAAACGACAUACCCUCCAAUCUGUCCUCCUCCUAUGUUCCUUUAAAGCGUUCGCGUUGGGAUAUUCAAGUUGAGGAUGCAAUUUGUGACACUUUUUCAAAAGAGCCCCCACACGUUUCUUCUGAGUUGUCUUCUUCCCACGAUUCUGGAGAAAAGGAAGAGAGCUGUGUGAUGCCGGUGGAUACGACCGAUUAUGAAUGUUUUUUACCUUUAGAUACGCCCCUGUUGAAAACAGAGUUAUUAGGCCGUCUUCAAUUAGCAUUAUGGAGCUCGAAAUGUCAUCAUUCCUUGACGUUAAAAAGAUUAGAAUCGGAGCAAAGAAAUGUGUCUCAUUUGAAAUUUUUAUUUUAUACACUUUUGAUGCUGAUAGUUAAAAAAAAAAUUUUCCAGUCGACCGCGUUCCUUGAAAAUCUUCGUUAUUUGGAAAUUGCUCAUUUUCGUUUAAGUCCAAAAGAGCAUGACACGUCCCAAUCAAUUUCCCUCACUUCCAAUGAUGAGUCUCAACCGAGCGCUACACAGCAUUCGCCUAACGUUUUAGACCCUUCAAUUCAAAUUUCAAAGCUUUUGUUCCAAUUUUUACACUUCCUUGAGAAACAAUUGUGUGAAGAAUUAUUCCAGUCAAAAGAGCGCCCUUCAAGUCAAAGCACAAUCAAUCAAGAGCUUGAGGCUUUUCUUGACCAGCUUAGUGUUUUGCAUGGUACUCAACAAGAUUCGAUGGCUUUAGACUCUUCACAUGACAGUCUCGAUGUUUCCAUCGUCGAAAGAAACCGACUUAUUAUUCUACUUCAUGACCUUCAAAAACAACGCGACUCUUUAGAGUUACUUGUUGACCAAUGUCGCAAACAAAUCUCCAUAUAUCUUUCAAGAGACCCUUUAACUCCAGAAUUAAUCUCUCGCUCAAAAUUAUUCAAUAAUAAUGAACUUUGUAUUAAAGCACCAGAAAUUUUUAUAAGUUUCAUUCCAAAUGUUGUUCGCUCACUAAAGCAUUUACACGCCCAAAAUAAACAACAGUUAAUCAAAUUGCAUCGUUGUGAAGAGUUGAUUUCAAAGCUAAAGAAAGAUGUAUGUGAUCGUGAAGUGGAUCUUCAUGCAUUGCAUCGACAUCACUCGAACCAGUCCCCAAAAGAUUAUUCGAGUGAAUCGGAUAUUAUGGGAAAAGCGGAACAAUUAAACCUUUUAGAAAAACAGGAAAAAUUGCUUCAAGAAAAAAGCCAUUUGCUUGAACUAACAAAACAACAAUUAACUUUGUCUUGUAAACGAAAUAGUGAGGUUUUCAAGCCAUUAAAAGAGCGGUGUAUUGCUGCUGAAACGCAAGCCGGAAUCUAUUUAAAAGAGAAGCAGAGUUCCUCUUUUCAAUGCAUUCAACUGCAAGGAGAGUUGGAAGCGUUGAAGAAUCGUGUGAGUUUACUGGAAAAUGAAAAAGUGACAGUUUUGGAAGAAAAAGAAAAAGAACUGAAACGAAUUUUUUCUUUGUUACAAACAUUGAAAGACCAACGACAAGUAUUCAUGCAUUCUCCAAAUUCAUUAGAGCACACUGACGAAUCACGCGAGACGCCGACUCAAAGAAACGUGACGCUACAGUCAUUACUGCGACAGCGAGACCAUUUAGCAACGGAGCUGGACGAAUUAUCUGCUGUUUUGGAAACGAAUUAUACAACAAUUUCGCAAUUAGAAGAUCGUUAUAAUGAGAGAAACGAACGUUUUUUAGCUCUCAUGCAAGAGGACGCUACAAGCCAAAAUGAGAAAGUCGCAUUACAAACCCAAGUAAAACAUUUAUCAGAACAGGUCGAAAAUCAACAAAAGCAAAUUGAUCAAUUGACUGAUAUUCUUGAUAACGAAACCAAAGGUUCCAAAUCGUAUACUGCAAUACAAGACAAAAUUUCCGAUAUUUUUAAGCAAACUGAAACGUUACACAAAUACGAGAAGGAAAUUGUUGACAAGAGCAAACAGAUUCUGCUACAUGAGAAGGAUAUGAAACGAAUACAAGAAAAGUAUGCUGUUUUACAACAUUCAAAUCUAUUUCUUUUAAAAAAGCUAAAAGUGAGCAAUGAUGCUGAGACUCAUCAAUAUAUUUUAAAAGAUUUAGAAGAUAUGGAAAAAUUAGAUUUAACACAAAUCUCUCAAUUCGAUUCGAGCAUAACCGUUUAUGAUCCGCAUGGAAACAAAUCCCGUCACUCACAGGUAACAAAUGAUACUGCAACGCAAAGUGAUCGUACCGCUGUUUUGCAAUUGGAACUUGAAGCAUUAAGGCGACGAUACUUAUGUAGUCUUUGUAACGAACGAUGGAAAAAUUCUUUUGUUAAACGUUGUGGACAUUCUUUUUGCGAAGAUUGUUUAAAGCAAACAUUGAUGUCUCGAAAUCGCAAAUGUCCUCACUGCAACCAAAAAUACCAAGCUGUAGAUAUUCAAAGAAUUUUUUGCGAAUAAUAGCUCUACUAAUGAAUCGUUCAUAAAUUAUUGCUAAUAAAUUUUUUUUUUUUGUAAAUGAAAAACUCUCUACUAAUGGUUUAAAAAAACGUUACAACAAAUUUCCCAUUUAAAAGACUUAAUUGUUACAAAGCUAAAAAA